GGUCGGCCGUCAGUCGCCGUCGUCUUGUAAACAACGCGAGCUCGUACGAACGAACGAUCGCAAAUGAACGGGAAAACUGAAUAAAACGAGCGAUGCGCAUUGCCCCGCGCUACUGGCGACCACUGACGACCACCACAUCACGUCCGCGGGCGACAACUACGACGACAGCGAUUUGUUGUUGACCACGUCCGCGACGGUGGCGGUCAAUGUCAAUGUGACCGGCGGCGGCGGUGGCAGCUGCGGUGUUGACGACGGCGGCGUCGACAUGGAGCCCACCAAAGUGUGCCGGCUGUGCCUGACCGCGGUCGACUGGCCCGUCAGCAUUUUCGACGAACUCUCCGACAAGAUAGCCGAAUCCAUGCGGAUCCACAUAUCCCGGACCGACCAGCUGCCCAAACACGUGUGCGUCAAGUGCAAAGACACCGUCAACGAUUACUACGCGUACUACACCAACGUGGUCGAGUGCCAGAAACAGCUCCUCGAACAGCUGGCCGACGUCCAGCACAACAUGGCUUCCAGUAGUUUUGAACCAGUGGUUACCAUUAAUUAUGACCAAAAUACAGAAUACAAAUCUGAAUACAACGAACCAGAGAGUUGGUCUGAAAGUAAUCAAUCGGAAAUUGAAAUGAAAGACACUGUGAAAAUAGAUGCCACUGAUGAAAUUGACGACCAAAGUUCAGAUAGAGCUAAGACACCUCGUAAGGUUAAAAUAAAAUUUUUCAAAUGCAGAAAAUGUGAAGAAUCUUUUAGUACUAAACACGCAUUAAAAGACCAUCAAAAUGAUGCACAUCCGCACUCUGCAUAUAAGUGUAAUUGCUGUGAUAAGACAUUUGACACAAUGUGUGCGCGGCAAAAACACAAAAAAGAAGAACAUCCUAGUGUCACUUAUUCGUGUGACACGUGUGACUAUCGUACACCCUAUAAGAGUCGAAUGCAAUAUCAUGAAAAUAGACAUAAAAAAGUGUACAGUGUGUUCUGUGAUACUUGCCACGCAGGCUUUUUUAACAAAGAUGAGUUGGCUACCCAUGAAAUUAAAAACCACGGUGCUGAGCCAUACCAAUGUGAUCGUUGUAGCAAAUUAUGCACGUCAAAGACCAAUUUGUACAGCCAUAUGAAAGUACAUACCACGUCAGCCGAGUCAGUUAGCUACCAAUGCGAGACCUGUGGAAAAGCAUUCAGGCGUAUAGGCAGUUACAGGCGACACAUUCAGUCACAUUUAGGUCUGAAAUACGAAUGCUCUUAUUGCAAUAAGCUGCUGAGUUCAGCACACCAUCUAAAACUACAUGUGCGUAUUCAUACUGGUGAGAAAAAUCACGUGUGCGAAAUGUGUGGCAAAGCAUUCACAGUUAGCAAGUACCUAGUCGAACAUAAAAGAAUACAUACAGGUGAGCGACCAUUCAAAUGCGACUUGUGCUCAAAAGGUUUUACUCAAAAGACGUCUUUACGCAUACAUACCAGGUGGCAUACAGGAGACCGGCCAUAUAAAUGUGACGUAUGCGAUGAUAGAUUUGUAAUCAACACAUUUUUACAGAGGCACAUUAAAAAACACCAUCCUGACCUUGUAGAACCCGUGCAAGAUCCGUGCGCUAACUCCCUUCAAACUUUAUGAAAUGUUAUUUAAAUAUGGAUAUUAUUUCACUUUUUUUUAAGAAAUUAAUUUCUCUAUUGUUAAUACAUUUAUAAUUAUUGUAAUACACUACUUUGAUAG